UCUUGAGCAAAAGCACAAACUGAAAGUACAAACUGGAGCAUAACAAUCGUCAGAGCUGUGGUUACGGUGAUUGAGGGACUGCUGAUGCAUCUGAUUUUCGGGAAAAGAUUGAGUCAAUCUGAUGGUAUCCAAAGGACAUAGCACCCCUUUCCCACUAGAUGCUGGGCUAAUUACACCCACCACUUCAGAACUUCGUCCUUCAUGGAGACCUGUCCUCAGCAGGACUGGCAGGAGAGAAGAUGGGCAGGCAGAUGGUCACUCAGCCAGAGAUUGCUUCGAGACGUGGGAUGGAGCACAAGCACCUGGUAACCAGGUUUGCCCUCUGUCCGUCAUCCAAGGCAGUGCAGCAUGAUUAAGAUACGGAGGAAGAAGCUUUGGGCGUCUUGCCUGUGCUCCACGGCCUUCUUCUUUCUUCUCGUGACACUCCAGGUGGUUGUUGAGCUGGGAAAAUUUGAAAGAAGAAAUAUUGAAAGUUACAGCUUGCAUGGGGAGCGACCAAAGCUGGAAGAGCAGCAAAAACGGCUCUACCCUUUUUUUAAGGAAGAGGCACUUUAUGAGAGCAGGCAGAAAGUGCUUGAAGCAGAGAUCUCCCCCAUCAUGCUUUGGUGGUCCCCACUGACUGGAGAGACUGGAAGGUUGGGAAAAUGUGGAGCAGAUACUUGUUUCUUCACUACCAACCGGACAUACCAGCACCAUCACAUGACCAAAGCUUUCUUGUUUUAUGGUACCGACUUUAACAUAGACAGCCUACCUCUGCCUCGCCAAGCCCAUCAUGACUGGGCUCUCUUCCACGAGGAGUCUCCGAAAAAUAACUAUAAGCUCUUCCACAAGCCAACUAUUACCUUGUUCAACUACACUGCCACCUUUAGCCGCCACUCACACCUACCCUUAACCACUCAGUACCUAGAGGGGAUCGAGGUCCUGAAGUCUCUAAAAUAUAUGGUUCCUUUGCAAACAAAAAACAGCCUCAGGCAAAGACUUGCUCCACUUGUCUAUGUCCAGUCUGACUGUGACCCCCCCUCAGACCGGGACAGCUAUGUGCGGGAGUUGAUGAACUACAUUGAGGUGGAUUCCUAUGGGGAGUGUCUUCGGAACAGAGACCUCCCUCAGCAGCUGAAAAACCCAGCCUCCAUGGAUGAUGCUGGCUUCUACGGGAUCCUCGCACAGUACAAGUUCAUCCUUGCUUUUGAGAAUGCCGUCUGUGAUGACUACAUCACCGAGAAGUUCUGGAGACCACUGAAGCUGGGGGUGGUCCCCGUGUACUACGGUUCUCCAAGCAUCGCAGAUUGGAUUCCUAGCAACAAAAGUGCCAUUCUGGUCCACUCAUUCUCUCAUCCCCGGGAGUUGGCCAGUUAUAUAAAAAAACUGGAUGCCAACGACAAAGAGUAUGAGGCCUACAUCACGUGGAAACUGAAGGGUGAAGUCACCAAUCGCCGACUUCUCACAGCCAUCAGGGAUCGCAAGUGGGGUGUGCAGGAUUUCACUCAGGACAACUACAUUGAUGCAUUUGAGUGUAUGGUGUGUACCAGGGUGUGGGAAAACAUUCGGCGCCAAGGAAAGGGACUACUACCCAGGAAGUGGAAUGCGAAUGUUAACCACUUGAGCUGUCCCAAGCCUGAAGCUUUUGCAUUUUCCUCUCUGUCUCUACACUGGACCUCUUUGCGCGAGAUGUGGAUUCCAAGCUUUGAACAGUCCAAGAAAGAAGCCCAAGCACUGAGAUGGCUGGUUGAAAGGAACAGAAAUUUCACCACACAGGAGUUCUGGACCCUGGUUUUCAAAGACUGAUUUUGGAAAGUAAACUAUCUGGGCACGGCUCAUAAAGGAGAAUGUCACAGUCUCCUUUGGUGAUAUAACUGAGGUGUUGGGAAGGGAUGUGUACACUCUUCCAAGCCACUAUAAGAGGACUAAAACAGUGAUGGGGGGUGAGGGGUGGCUUGUAUGUGUGUGUGUGAAUGCACAUAUUUACAAAUGGGCUCUUUAUGGUCAUAGGGAGCAAAAAUUAACUGUCAUGCAGAUCUUGUUUAGGGAAGGAGCAGUACACUGAGAGGACCUCCAGGCACCUAAAAAAAAAAAGCAUCACUCUGCCUCCACAGGGUCCAGUUAUUUCCUGGGCAGUGUGUUGGUGUUGGGGAGAAUAGAGUCCAGCACGUUAAGCAGAAGCCUGUAUGCCACUGUUUUCUAAGUUGCCGUAAUAUUUUAAAAUCAGUAACUGUGGAAAGCAGAUGUCUUGACUAUCCUCAGGAUAGGAUUUAAUCCAUGUAGCACUCAUGUAGAGGCCUAUCAAACUAGAGACGUUAAUAACCCUUAGGGGGUCACAUGUAUAUUUUUAUUCAAAAGAAGGACUUCCUGUAGACAUUAGGACCUUCAUUUUACAUGUUAAAUUCAGUUACAUGCCUUGUGUUGAGAUUCACUGGAAGCAGUUUACCUCCAUUUUAAUGCUCACAGAAGGUAAGUGAAGUCAUCCAGGUUGCUGUUCCAGCUGAAUAUUCAUCAUCAACUCCCUCAGCAACAGCAGUUCAUCGUAACUUGGCAAGCUGAAUUUCCUGGUGCUGAGCCCAAAUGUGAAAUUCAUUAAGCUUGGCAUUGGGUAAUCCCAUCUGUUAACGUCCAGGGACAGAUCUGCUGCAAACAUGCAGUGCAAGGUUUAGUUUCUAUCUGGCGUUUAAAACAAAAGAACCCGGGGGCCUUUCUUCCCAAAUGGUAUCUCUUUAAACCAACAUCUUCUGUGCUUCUUAGACCCUAAACUAGCCUUAAAUUGAAGAAUCAUUUGUAUCCAUAGCCUACAAGUCAUUGUUUUUUUUUUUUAUUACAGGGAAGAGUUCAUCAGUUUGUUUCCAUUUGAAAAAUCAACUAAUUUACCCAUAGUCAGUCCACCAGAAAUGAACUACCUAAAGAUUCUUGACUAUCUAUUUAUAUCUGUUAUUCUCAUUUGUUGUUGUGGUUAGUAGGUUCCGAGUUUGUGGGCCCAGUGUGUUUUCUCUUCCUCCUCUUUAACACUUUGGCCAUCCCAGAAUGGUGCUAUUAUUACACUGUGAAAAUAUUCUGAUAUUUUUAAGCUAGCCCUACUAAGGGCAGUGAAAAAAAAAAAUAUGACCUCUAUCCCCCAGUAUUUUGAACUGUUUAUAAAAUCGGAUACAUUUUACACCUAUAUCCCAAGCACUGUCUGAGAGUGAAAAUUAAAUUUGGAACCCAUCUAUUACAGAGUGUGAAGGGUAGCUCAGUUAGUAUGGGAGUAAAAAGGAGAAAGGUUGAAAUAAAGCUUAUCCUUUCCUGCCUUAACUCAGCCCUCUCUUCUG